UCGUGACAUGCAGGGUUGGCACUCUCAAUGCCUUUUUGGAAAUGGCGAGGAGAAGCAUUUGAGUACUAUGCCAAAAAGCGACAAGCAGCUCAAGAGCUCUGGUUUGUUAAAGCGGAAAAAGCUAUCUCCUGGGGAUUGUGCUGCCCAGAUUACUGACAUGAAAGCGACAAAGCCACGGUUAGAUAUGACGGUAUUCGAUAUUGGACCGCCAGCAGAUUGGGUGAAAAUUAACGUGAAACGAUUUAGCGACUGCUUUGAGGUAUGUGCCCUAGUUCCUGGACUUCUGCGUGAGGAGGUUAGCUAGUAAACUAGUUUAUUA